CCUAGUUGAGUCCAGUCGCGUUUCGCCAUUCGAAGCACGCAGCUCAGUGUUGUGUACUGCUCUACGACAAUCGCAUUCUUCUAAACUGCACAGAUAUGGCGUUCGAGUACAUCGCAAUUGACGAUCCCGUCUUCAAGGCAACCUGCGAGGAACGGAACCAAAAGGACUAUGUCCUAGUCAAACCGAAGGACUUCAGCAAGGUUCCCAUAACGCUCCCAAAUUGGGAACCGGAGCCGUGCUGUUUGGACACAAGAUACCGCAGGUUGGAUCAGCGUAUCAAAGAUAUGGAAGUCAAGCCGGACGAUGUGUGGUUGGUUACGUACCCGAAGAGUGGAACCACUUGGUGUCAGGAAAUGAUUUGGCUCAUCUGUAAUGACCUCGACUACGAGAAGGCUGCCUCGGUUAAGCUGCACACGAGAUUUCCGUUCAUGGAAAUCGGAGGCAUUCGCGAUCUGCCCCCAGGAAUGGAUCCCUUCCAGGAAGUUCUCUCCAUGUCUUCACCGCGGUUCAUCAAGUCCCAUCUUCCGGUUGCCCUUCUACCCGAUCAAAUCUGGACCGUAAAACCCAAGCUGGUCUACGUCCACCGAAACCCCAAAUCGGUGGCCGUAUCCUACUAUCAUCAUUCCGUUUCGCUGCACGAGUACCGGGGAACAAUGGAUCAGUUCAUACGGUCCUACAUGAAAGAACUGGAGUACUAUUCGCCAUACCAUCGGCACGUGAUCGAGUUCCACCACUUGGACUACGAGGACAACAUUCUCCACCUGCGCUACGAAGACAUGAAGAAAGACCUGAAAACGCAAUGCGUGAGUGCCUUCUUCAACAAAUCCUACACGGACGAACAGCUGAACGCCUUGGCGCAGCAUCUUUCGUUCGACACGAUGAAGAACAACAGCUCGGUUAACUUCCGCGAGUGGGUCGAGUUCCUGCUGGAGAAAACCAAUCGAACCGAUAAGCUGGGCGAUCAGGAUUACUUGUUCAUACGGCGUGGGGAAGUGGACGGAUGGCGCCGGGAGUUGGAUCCCGAGCUGCUGAAGGAACUGGACGAGUGGACUAAGCGGAAGGUCACUGAUCCGGAACACAUGAAGCUAUUCGAGUAUUAGGUUUUGUUCGAGUUUUGUUUGAUGCUUGUACAGUUUUAACUACUGUAUUACUGAAAAUUAUCUUUUUAAAUAAUCCUUGAAUUAUAUGCAACAUCAAUGAAAAUAUA